CCCAGAACUGAAUCAGAGUUGCUAUUCUGGUCACUUUCUCGUCACAUUCUCUCGAAAAAAUGCUGGUAAAGGUCUUCGCUGCUCUCGUGGUAACAGUAGCCGCUGUAUCCUGUUUUGCAGCUGCCGAACAAGACCUCCUAGCUGCUGAGAGACAGGAGAUGGCAGAGCUCGCAGCCCGAAUCCUACGAAUCACCCUUGGCCCCUGGAGUGCAGCAGAGGCUCACAAGAGGAAUUCGGGAAUGAUCAACUCUAUUCUGGGGAUUCCCAGGGUCAUGGCUGAAGCUGGAAAGAGAUAAGAUGACAAUGGAAUCACAUUUCAGACGUCGACAACUGCGAAAACUUAGUAACUUUCUCUUCAUCCUCGUGAACGGAAUUAAAACUAAUUCCAAAUUCCUUACAACGUCUCAAUAAAGAGAAAUACCAUAUCCAUUUACUUUCUUUUUCAUCGCAGGCUGUGAUAUAUGUAUAUCAGUAGAAUCUCAUAUGGUUCCUGGUUCCUAAGCGCGCUUCAUGUUCUGAUGAGGUGCAAAGCUAUAUUCCCUUGUUUUCAACUUUACUCGUAUUUAGUUUUAAUUUGUAGUGCUUCAAAAUGUUUAUUCUAAUUCUUGUCCAUUACACUCUGUAUAAACUUUAUGUUUUCUUGAUCUUCUUCUCUCUCAUUCUCGAGAGAAACUAAGACACGAAAAUUAUCCUAGCUUCAACUACAAAGUCUCUCCUCGGAUAUAAUUUUCCAGUCAGCUGCUGAGGAGUUCAUGUUCUAGUUACAAAACAUAAAACCAAAGAUGUUAAAUUAUGUUACAUAUAAUAAU